AAAACUUCCGGAGUUUCAGAGUGCACUACAACGUCGUUGAGGCGUUUGCCUUGGUUGUGUGGGUCCAAGCGCUCCCUGCUUUUCAGCACUGCUAUCUUUUUUUACUCCACACUUUUUUACUGCGUGAUCCAAAGGCUCCCAUCACAAAAUGCAUCCAGCAACUGCCAAGUGGUACGACAAGAGGGACUCUGUUAUUAUAGAGUUCUGUAUAGCUGACAGCAAAGACGUUAAAGUGAACUUUGAUAAAACAAAGUUUGCUUUCAGCUGUCUUGGAGGAGCUGACAAUGAAAAACACGAGAAUGAAAUAGAACUUUUUGAAGCUAUUGAUGAGAAUGAAUCCAAACACAAACGCACAGAUCGCUCAGUGUUGUGUUAUCUACGAAAAGCACAGCCGGGGAAAGCGUGGCCAAGGCUAACUAAAGACAAAACUAAGCUGAGCUGGCUUAGUGUCGAUUUCAACAACUGGAAAGAUUGGGAGGACGACUCUGAGGAGGAGAUGGGCAACUUCGAUCAGUUUUCAGACAUGAUGAACAACAUGGGAGGUGAGGAUGACCUUCCUGAUCUAGACGGUGCAGAAGAGGACGACUCUGCAGAUAGCGAUGAUGAGAAAAUGCCCGACUUGGAGUAGAAGCCUGAAAGACUGCAAGGAUGGAAAAUGGAAGAAACGGCGGAGGAGAGAAACCUCGACAAAUGUGUAUCUUUAAACUAACGGCCGCGAUAAACAACUGUACAUACGAGUCAGUAGCCAUAUUUAAACCACAGCCUCAGCUCCAAACUGUUUGAGCCGUCCAACACCUUACAGUUGAUUUGCAUGGUAAUGUACAGAGCAGCUAUCUCCACUUCCAUUUGCUACGAUGCACUAUUUGGGUAUCUCUGUUUGAUGUAAAUCAUUAGCAGUAAGCACAUUUUAAUUUUACAAGAUCCUGUAUUUAUCCUUGAUUGAACAACAUUUAAGAUAUUUAGUACUUGUUUACAGUGAAAUUGGGCCCAUUUAUUCCAAAAAAUAUAUUUUUUUGUUUUUGUUUUGUUUGUUUUAAAUAUUUUAGUCAACACGGUUUAUACCAUGAUUUAAAUCUGGAUUGGCCUCAUUCACAUUUAAAUGCAGACCACUCUUGGCAUUAGCUGUUUGAACCUUCCAAUUUAAGUGUUUCCCUUUUUACUUGUUUAAUGUUUGUAAAGUUGGAACAAUCCAAACAUAUUGCAGAGGUAUUUGCAUCUUCCAGGUGGUUAUUUACUGUAACAGGUGAACAUAUUUGAUAUUUUGACAUCUAUCUCUUCACACCUAACAUAUGUUUAAUAGAAAAGGCAGAGUUGAAAUGUUUUGCGGCUGACAGGCUUAGUUUGUUCUUGGCAUUGUGUGGUUUGUUGUUAUCCUCUGGAUUCCCUCUUGUUUGUGCAUCUAUCCUCCCUCCUAGGGUGAGGAGGUGUUGAAAUCAAACAUGUAAUGACCAAAUCAUAUUUGCACUGUCAAUAAAACGUAAGGGGGAAAACAAUUUUCAAUUACAGUGAAAUUUCUUUUUUUUAUUGUCUACAUCUUUCUAAUAAACUGUUGAAGAUUU